AUGGAAUUUUAUAUUCCAAAACACAUUGACCAAAAAUAUGAUGAACUCCUGGUAACGUGUUAUACCUUUGGAAAAGGUCUAUCGCUAGAUGAAAUGCUGGUUCACACUGCUGAAAUUCAAGGUCAACAAAAGGCGUUCUUGAGUCUUUGUCUAGGGAAUGCGGUAACAGAUGAGGUGUUGACAAUGGUUUGCAGCUAUUUAAGUCACAAGCAAUUGCUGGGGGACAAUGCGGAACUGAGUUUUUUGCCACCAGAUUUUUUGGUUUUUAUCCCCUUGAAGGAUGAAUGUGACUGGUAUUUGUUGGUUGUUGAUAUGAAAUCCAAAGAAGCAGUGAUUUUAGAACCAUAUUUCCUGGAAGAUCGCAUAGCUAUUCGUGAAGAAGCUGUAACAUUAGUGCUGAAACUUUUGGACAACUUAGCUCCUCUUCUGUGCUCAGUGGAUGGACAAAUCCUUAAAAUUUCAGAUUUUGACAUUAUCAAACCUUAUGGAGAACCCUAUGCAGAUGUGUAA